UCCCAUGGUAGCAACACACAACCCUACCCACACGCUCGCCAAUUUCCCUGCCCUAAACCGGAUUGUGGUCGUGGUUUUCGUCGUCUCGAACACUUGAAACGGCAUGUACGCACACACACCCAUGAACGACCAUUCCUGUGCCCUGUGUGUUUUAAGAAAUUCUCAAGGAGUGAUAAUUUGGCGCAACAUCGAAGAACGCAUGAACGU